AUGCCAACCCGGUGCCUCGCUGCCAAAGCACUUGCCACCUUCUUAGCCAUCUUCAUUCCCCUGGCAGCAGUGCACUACGCGUACCGUGAGACACACCAAGAAAUGAUGACUGCAGUCAAAACACAACCUGCCCAGCAGAUAAUCGUCGUCGGUGCCGGCUUGGCAGGCCUCUCGGCUGCCCAUGCUGCACUGACAGCCAGUCCUUCCACUUCGGUUCUGCUUCUUGAGCGGGCGACGAAACCGGGCGGCAACAGCAUCAAGGCAUCAAGUGGCAUCAACGGAGCUCCAACGCGAUUCCAGACGCAAUCUUCAGACUCGGCCGCCCUGUUUCGUGAUGACACACUCAAGUCGGCCGGUGCACGUUUGAACUCUGCCGGGCUUUUGAAUCGACAUGGGAGAGAAAGCUUGAUCAGCACCCUGACGGAAAGGUCCGCAGCCGCUGUUCAUUUUCUUCACGACGAGGUCGGCAUCGAUCUCUCCGUGGUCGCUCAGCUCGGUGGGCACAGCGUCCCGCGAACACAUCGCGGCGCAGGAAAGAUUCCACCCGGCUUUGCUAUCGUCAGCGCACUUUUGGCAAAGUUAAAGGACGAGGUGGGCAAGGAUGGUCGCUUUGAGCUUCGGACAGACUGCGACGUCACAAAGCUCUUGACAACGCCGGAUGAGAACGAGCAGCUUGCAGUGGUGGGCGUGGAAUACACCAGCGGCGCCCAAGCCCAGGACUCGGACCGAACUACGGCCUCAGCCUUGGGUCCUGUGAUAUUCGCCGCCGGUGGCUUCGCUGGUGACGCUACAGGCCUCCUCAUCAAACACAGACCCGACCUCGGCCCUCUGCCGUCCACAAACGAUGCUCGUGCAGCCACGGCACUGGAUAUACUGGAGGCCGACGCCAAGGCCGUCCUUGUGGACAUGGACAGUGUUCAGGUACAUCCGACUGGGUUCGUCGAUCCGGUUACCCCGAAUGCCCCUGUAAAGAUUUUGGCUGCCGAGAUGCUGCGCGGUGAAGGAGGUAUUCUGCUGCGUCAUGGAAAACGCUUCGUCAACGAGAUGGAAACGCGAGAACAUGUCAGCUCUGCCAUCAUGUCCCAGCCUCCAUCUGAUGGGACAACUGUGCCGAAGCAGUGGGAAGUUACUUUACUUUUAGAUUCUGGGACAUGCGAAGCUACGUCAGGUCAUCUAGGGUUCUACAUGUUCAAGGGCCUCAUGGCCAAGAAGAAGAUCAGUGAUCUAGAUGAGACCACACGCCAGACACUGAGGGACUAUAGCGCUGUUGCGGCUGGCGAAAAGCCAGACCCCUUCGGCCGCAAAGCUUUUGGCCACUGGAGCUUGAAGGGUGAGGAUGCGGACGGCGACAAGGAGGUUUGUGUUGGGCAGGUUACUCCUAUCACCCACUUCACCAUGGGAGGGGCGGCCAUCAACGACAAGGCCCAAGUUCUAUCAUAUACAGCAGCUGGAAAGCCCAUUAAAGGUCUUUGGGCUGCAGGAGAAAUCACGGGUGGCUUACAUGGUGAUAAUAGACUGGGCGGGUCCUCGCUACUCGAGUGUGUGGUCUAUGGCCGUAUUGCGGGUGAACAGGCAGCCAACUAUGUCAGCUCAAGGAAAGACUUGUAG